AUGGAGCCCACGGACAAGUACUCCCUAAAACAAAAUGUGCAACUCCUCCAGUAUCAGACGGAGAGGUUUAGACAGCUAUGGACGAAGGGGAGUGAAUGUUUCGAAGAGCUCAAGCAUUACUACAACCAGCUCAAUGAAGAGUGGCAAACCCAGUGGCUGAAUAGGGAGGGGACCAUAGCAUCCUCCCUGAGGAACCUGGAGGUGGACUAUAUCAAAUUGUUAGAGGAAUAUACCAGAGUGUACAACAGUAGGGAGGCCAAUGAAAGGAUUCUACUCCAAACUAAUGCUGACUUACACAAGCGUAAUUUUGAUCUCAAGCAAUACCACAUGCAACUCAACCAAGUGUGGCAAAGCCGCUGGAUGAAACGGGAAAAAAGCAUCGCCUCCCAAGUGCAAUAUCUAGAAGCGGACAAUAGGAUACUGGUGAUGGAAAAAGCCGAGCUGUCUCACCGGAUGCAGGCCAACGAAAAGAUGUUCUUGAAAACCAAGGCCGAAUUGUACAAAACCAAUCUAGAGCUGGAGAAACUAAAAGCUUCCAAAGAUUCUCUUUCCAUGGAAAUGUCAGACAAGGAGAUGAGCUGGAACCGAGAGAAAGGCAAACUGCUGAGAGAACGACAAGAACUUCUUGACCAAAUCAAGACCUUUGAUCACCUGAUCCUGCGUGUGGAAAUUGCUGUCAGAGCGAUGGAGGAAUGGACAAAGAUGAAGCAAGGCGACAACAGAACCAACUCUGAGGAAAAAGAGUGCAUCAGGCAGUGGGAGGAAGCAAGGCAAGGAGGUGAUGACAAGCUAGAAGGGAGCCACAACACCAAGUACCAGGCCACUUGUGAAGAGGAGCAAUAUGUGGAGGAAGAUGAAGGAGAUGGGGAGGCAGCCAUGCAGGAGAGUCAUGAGGGCCAAGAGAGUGAAGACAGCGAGGAGGAAGAAGAAAGCGAUGAGGACACAGAAAGCGACGAGGACACAGAGAGCGAUGAGGACACAGAGAGCUACGAGGAAGAGGAGAAGGAGAGCGACGAGGAGGCCGAGAACAAGGGAGGGCGUGACUGCAAAGGCGACGACGGAGACUGGGAAGACUGUGACGACAACGAGUGGAAAGACGACAAGGUGGACGAUGACCGGGAGGAGAAGAAAGAGGACGACGGAGACGAAGGGGACAGAGAAUAUGAUGGAGAGGAUGACCAAGAGGAAGGGCAAGAGGAUGACCAAGACGAGGAGGAAGAGGAUGACCAAGAUGACGUGGAAGAAGAUGACCAAAUGGACGUAGAAGAGGAAGGCCAAGAUCGCGAGGAAGGAGAUGAAGGUGACCAGGAUAAAAACACAGAAGAAGAAGAAGGAAAUGACUCAAAGGCUGACGUGGAAAAUGCUGAGCAGGAGGAAAACCAUCAAGACAAUAAAGACGACAAACCGGCUGAAGAGGAAGGCGGGGAGGGGGCUGCCAAGGAGGAGGAGCUGCAAGAAAACAAAAGCCAGGCUGGAAAAGAGACUAACAAGGAGGUUGAAGCGACACAAGAGGGCCAAAGUAUCAGCGAGGGCCCGGAGAAGGAAGAGAGUCCCAAGGAAGAGAGCGGCGCCACCGAGGAAGAGGCGGCUGAACAGAGCGCUGCUACAUUAGGGGCUGAAGAGAGUGCCACGGUGGAAGAGGGGGAGAAACCAGACACUGGACAAGAGAGCAUCACGGAGGUGGUGGUCAGUCAAGAGAGUGCCCAGCCAGUCGAGGAAGAAGGGAGUGUCGCCCAGGAAAAGGAGGCAGAGGGCAAGGAAGACAGCAAAGAGGGUGAAAAAGAGGGUGAGAAAGACAGUGGAAAGGAAGAGGGGAAGAGUGUCGCAGAGGAGACGACGGAACGGGAGCAAGAGCGUGCCCAGGCAGCUGAGGAGAAUGUCCCCGAGAAGACACAAGGAGAGGAAAGUGUCACAGAGGCGGGCGAGGAAGAUACUGUCAAGGUAGAAGAGAAGGAGGAGAGCAAAGUGAGUGAUGAUGCAAAGGAGCAAGAAGUGGAAUCUGCUCAAGACCAAGUGAGCCAGGAAGCGGAGGCGGUUGAAGGGGAGGUGGCGGCGCUGGCGGUGGUGGCCGCGGCGGCGGUGGUGACGGCGGACGACAUGAGGGAGAGCGCUCAACAGGAGGCACAAGAGAAAGACCAAUACGUGAAGGAGAGCGCUCAACAGGAGACGGAAGAGAGUGGCAAACAGCAAGAUAAAGACAUAGCCCAGGUGGCCCAGGAAGACCAAGCCCAGGUGGCCCAGGAAGACCAAGGCCAGAGCUUGGUGGAGGCCCAAGACAAAGACAGCGGCCCAAAAGACCAGGGCGAGGAAGAAAAGGCCAAGAUGGAAGAGGGAGAUGAUACCGGGGUGGAAGGGAGUGAUGCCAAGGAGGAAGAGAAGAAAAAAGGCGCCAAGGAAGAAAGCCUUACCGAGGAAGUUCAACAGGUCAUCUGCCCGCCGCCGCCCCCACCGGAGGAGGCCAGAGACGCGCCCAAGGAAGAUGUUGCUGCUGACGGCGGCGGCGAAAAAAUCAGUGCUGCGGCGCCAGAGGACACAAGGGAACAAGAAGGCUUCGCCACGGAGAUGGUGAAAGAGGGCGAGAGAAGGGAGAGCUAUUUUGAACGAAUGAUUAGCCGCCUCACCAAGAAAGACAAAGAGGAGAGGCGAGAGCGGGUCCGGCGGGAGGUGGAGCGCAUAGAACAGGAGAAGAGGGAACGUCUCCGCAAGGAAGAUGAGAAGAAAGAAGAGAAGAGGAGGAGAAAGGAAAACAGGAAAGAAGAGGAGGCCAGAGGGAGGGAGGACAGGAGAUCCAAAUAA